GUUUCGAGGACAUACGCAAAACAACACAAAAUGGCAAACUCAAAAGUUACGCUCUUAGCACUAUUCCUAGCUGUGGUUAUAUCGGUAGCGACCGCUCAUGUCAUCGGGGUUGGUGGCCUAGGAGUUGGCUUCAUCGGUGGUGGGUACGGGCCAGGCUACGGCUAUGGAAGGUACCCAGGCCACGGAGGCUACGGGGGCUUCUACGGACCCAGUUACGGCUACGGCCACUACAGUUAUGGUGGCUAUGGACACGGAUUUGGUGGCCCAGGAAUUUACUUCUGAUGAGCCUAAACUUAAGACCCUUGCUUUAAAUACUAAGUCUUUGUGAUACUUUCUAUUUAUUUAUUUAU